AUGCUUCGAUUAAUUAGGCUCUUGAUGCAUGUCAAGAGAUAUCGAGCCUUUGUUGCUACAUUUUUGACCCUAAUACCAAGCUUGAUGCCGUACCUUGGAACCAUAUUCUGUGUCCUGUGCAUUUAUUGCUCUCUCGGUGUACAGAUCUUUGGUGGGAUGGUCUAUGCUGACAACCCUUAUUUGGAAGGCACAGAUCUUGCAGAUAAUGAGUAUCCUUUGUCGUUGAUGAUACUGGUUUUCAUAUGCCUGUGCUGUAAUUAUAGAUUAUGGCACAUCGAUUGCAGGAUUGUCUCAAGUUUUGUUGGAAACUGAUGAAUGACCAAUACUGAUUGAUGAACUAUGUUUCCAUGUGCUCUUGAAUUGUCACUGUAUUUUUCUUGUUUACUGAAGUGUUUUCUUCUGUAGAUUUCAGUCUCUUGAUUCUGUUUUCUUGACAAAAUUAAGCUAUUUACUUUUCAAUUUUAAUGACUAUCCAAAUGGGAUGGUGACACUCUUCAAUUUGCUAGUAAUGGGAA